AUGCCGGAUGUGACCAAAUGGUUGGUUUUAGUCUUCGGUGUGACGUUGAUGGCGCUGCAAUCAAUCGGUCAAGACAGCAACUUGAACCCGUCUCAAGAUUACGCCGGCGAUGGUCGAGAAGUAUUUCUGAAUUUCCAGCCUGAAUAUUCCAUUAGCGAGACGGCUAGAAUUAGGAGAAUGCCGGAGACUCAGCUGAGGCAGCUGUCCCAAGAACAGUACGAAUAUUCGGAGAGCCCAAGAGCGGAUGAACCGGAAUGGGAUCAGUUAAUUAAAUUCGCCAAAAGAAAGCUGGAGAAAUUCAUGAAAUCUACCGCUUUUGAGCUCGACUUCAACCAGGAAGUAACGGAGAGCGGACGCUACGCGCCCCGAUUUAUCGAUGAAAUAGUCGGGGAAAUUGAUAUAAUCGAAGAUAAAAAAGACUCUAUAAUUAGGAGGAAACAGCUGAAAAAAUUGUUUAUUCCGCUUCUCUUGGUGUUGAAAAUCUUUAAAUUGAAAUUGCUCCUAUUUUUGCCGCUUAUAUUGGGACUUGCCUCGUUUCAAAAACUCUUAGGAUUUUUGGCUCUAAUUAUACCGGGAGCGAUUGCUUUCUUCAAUUUUUGCAAGCCUAUCAUAAAGCCAAACGGAGGUUCAUUUUUUGGUCCUUUAAGCCCUCAAUACUCUACAUCCGGAAUCGCUUAUCAACCACAUCAUCACACUCCACAUUAUCAUCAUCAAGAGUAUCCCCAAUAUGGUGGAGGCGUGCAUUUUAGAAGCGAUGAAGAAUCAGCUCAAAACUUGGCUUACAAUGGAUGGAGCCAAUACAGAAAUAAAGAAUCAAAUAUUCAAGCGGAAACGACGUCGAAAAAAUCCAUUUUACCAGAUUCUUAG